UCUUUGCAGCCUUCCCUCGGUCUGCCCCUGAUGGAUUUUACUGGUUGGCAGCUGUCGCCUGUGUGCAUUACCGAGCCCUUUGAUUCGGAGGCUUUUUCGGUGCGUUUCAAUCCCGACAACCACUUCUUGGCGGCCGCCGGCGGGCACGGCACGGUCAGUGUCUUCAAUGUCUCCACUGGCAAAGAGGCUUACAGGUUGAGUCGUCCUGGCAGCCACACAGUGAAGCAAGUCUGCUGGCGUCCCGAAACGGUGACAUCAUCCCUGCGCACCCGCGGUGUAUUGGUGGGAGUCAGCACGGAUGGAAAAGUGCGACAGUGGCAUGUAACCAGCGGCAAAUGCUUGGAGGAAUUCGGUGCAGGAUCUGAACAUGAACAGUUGUUCUGUGUAGACUACAACCAUGAUGGUGGGUUGCUGGCCACUGGCGGCUUGAAGGCAAUUUUCGUGAUCGACGAGGAGACCAAGAAGCAGACGGUGCGCCUAGAGGGUGGAAACUACGAGACCACAGCAGGACAUUCAAACCGCGUCCAAGCUGUGCGGUUUUUACCAGCAGAUGCGCCUUGGGCUCUGAUCAGCGGUGGUUGGGACAACUCCGUUCAAUACUGGGACUUGCGUGCUGGUCAUGCAGUGAAAGCCAUCCUGGGACCCCACAUUUGCGGCGAUUCUCUUGACGUCUCCGGAGACGGCCGGCAUUUGUUGACCGGCAGCUAUCGAGACCAGAACCCUUUGGAGCUUUGGGACCUGGCACAGGAGCAGCGAAUCAAGGUGAUACCCUGGCGCUCUUCGGGGCCCCAGGAGCCCGCCUGCUUCUUGUACACGGCGAGGUUCUCAAAGGAUCCACAUAAUUCACUGAUUGCAGCAGGCGGAUCUUUUGCAAGCAAGGAGGAUGGCGGCGAAGCCAAAAUUCUUCAAUAUGGAGGACCGGCAGCCACCGCUCCAUCGAAGUGUUUGGGCACCGUGGUGGACUACACCUGCUUAUCCGCAGACUUUGCCUCAACACAAACUGGGCUGCUCGCCUUGGGCGGCACCGAUGGUCGCGUGCGGAUCAUGAGUUUGAAGCCUGAAGGCUCCAGACCAGCAACACAAGGUUAUGGCUCCUUCCACUCCAAGCUUUCGGGCUUGGGGAGUCAAAACAGCUCAGAUCAGCUGGAGAAAUGAUGCGACAUGGCUCGAAAAGGUCGCAAGCACAGCAGCUCGACAGCUU